AUGGUAUUUGGAGUCCAGGACAUUGCAUUGUUAGAACAUGGGUGCAAAGCCUUGGAGGUGGACAGUUACAAGUCCUUGAUGAUCCUGGGGAUCCCAGAGGACUGUAGCCACCAAGAAUUUGAAGACAUCAUACGGACUCCGCUCAAACCACUGGGCAAGUUCGAAGUGGCUGGGAAGGCCUAUCUGGAGGAAGAUAGGUCCAAGGCGGCCAUCAUCAGGUUGGCAGAGGACCUCAAUUACGACGUGGUGCCCAGGCAGAUCAAGGGCAAGGGCGGUAUGUGGAGAGUGGUCUACAUGCCCAAGUGGCAGGACAUCGAAUUCCUGACCAAGCUCAAUUUGUUCCUGCGGAGAGAGGGCAGGACGGUAGAGGAUGUGGCCCGCAUCCUCAGUCGCGAGCUGUGCCCCACCACAGUAGUUCCUGAAGAGCUACCUUCCAGGGAGUGCAGUCUGUCUCUGCAGGGGGAGAACGCAGACAAGAGGGCCGCCACCAAGGCAGGUGAGAUGCCCCUUCUCAAGGACCCAGAGAAGGAGAGCAAGGCUGAAGAGGGCAAGAAGGGCAAGAAGAAAAGCAAGAAAAGUCGGCGCCGACAGCAGGCUUCUGAUAAGAAGCCGUGA